UUUGCAUUGCGCAAUCACAGAAAAUCCCACGUGAACCAAGACCUGGAGAAUUUGAAAAGAUUAUCAAACGCCUGCUAGAAACACCUAACGCCCGGGCAGUGAUCAUGUUUGCCAAUGAAGAUGACAUCAGGAGGAUAUUGGAAGCAGCAAAAAAAUUAAACCAAAGUGGGCAUUUUCUCUGGAUCGGCUCAGAUAGUUGGGGAUCCAAAAUAGCACCUGUUUAUCAGCAGGAGGAGAUUGCAGAAGGGGCUGUGACGAUUUUGCCCAAGAGAGCAUCAAUUGAUGGAUUUGAUCGAUACUUUAGAAGCCGAACUCUUGCCAAUAAUCGAAGAAAUGUGUGGUUUGCAGAAUUUUGGGAGGAGAAUUUUGGAUGCAAGUUAGGAUCACAUGGAAAAAGGAACAGUCAUAUAAAGAAAUGCACAGGGCUGGAACGAAUUGCGCGGGAUUCAUCUUACGAACAGGAAGGAAAGGUGCAGUUUGUAAUCGAUGCCGUGUAUUCCAUGGCUUAUGCCCUGCACAACAUGCACAAAGAUCUCUGCCCGGGAUACAUUGGCCUUUGCCCACGAAUGAGCACCGUUGAUGGGAAAGAGCUACUUGGUUAUAUUCGGGCUGUAAAUUUUAACGGCAGUGCUGGGACACCCGUCACUUUUAAUGAGAACGGAGAUGCUCCUGGGCGCUACGAUAUCUUCCAGUAUCAAAUCACCAACAAGAGUACCGAGUACAAAGUCAUUGGGCACUGGACCAAUCAGCUCCACCUAAAAGUGGAAGACAUGCAGUGGGCUAGCAGGGAACACGCGCACCCAGCGUCUGUCUGCAGCCUGCCCUGUAAGCCCGGGGAGAGGAAGAAGACGGUGAAAGGAGUCCCUUGCUGCUGGCACUGUGAGCGCUGUGAAGGCUACAAUUACCAGGUGGAUGAGCUCUCCUGCGAACUUUGCCCUUUGGACCAGAGACCGAACACCAACCACACAGCCUGCCAGCUUAUCCCCAUCAUCAAACUCGAGUGGCAUUCUCCCUGGGCUGUGGUGCCCGUGUUUGUUGCCAUAUUGGGAAUCAUCGCCACCACUUUUGUGAUCGUGACCUUCGUCCGCUAUAACGACACCCCGAUUGUGAGGGCUUCAGGACGCGAACUUAGUUAUGUGCUCCUGACAGGGAUCUUCCUGUGUUACUCCAUCACCUUCCUGAUGAUCGCAGCACCGGAUACCAUCAUAUGCUCCUUGCGACGGAUCUUCCUAGGACUGGGCAUGUGUUUCAGCUAUGCAGCCCUGCUGACCAAAACAAACCGAAUCCACCGGAUAUUUGAGCAGGGGAAGAAAUCCGUCACGGCGCCCAAGUUCAUUAGUCCGGCAUCCCAGCUGGUGAUCACCUUCAGCCUCAUCUCCGUCCAGCUCCUGGGCGUGUGUGUCUGGUUUGUGGUGGACCCCCCACACAUCAUCAUUGACUAUGGCGAGCAGCGGACUCUAGACCCAGAGAAUGCCAGAGGCGUGCUCAAGUGCGACAUUUCCGACCUCUCGCUCAUUUGUUCACUGGGGUACAGCAUCCUCUUGAUGGUCACUUGUACUGUUUAUGCCAUUAAAACGAGAGGCGUUCCAGAGACUUUCAACGAAGCCAAACCUAUCGGAUUUACCAUGUAUACCACCUGCAUCAUUUGGUUAGCCUUCAUCCCCAUCUUUUUUGGUACAGCUCAGUCGGCAGAAAAGAUGUACAUCCAAACAACAACACUUACUGUCUCCAUGAGUUUAAGUGCUUCGGUGUCUUUGGGCAUGCUCUAUAUGCCCAAGGUUUAUAUUAUAAUUUUCCAUCCAGAGCAGAACGUUCAAAAACGCAAAAGGAGCUUCAAGGCUGUGGUGACGGCGGCCACCAUGCAAAGCAAACUGAUCCAAAAAGGAAAUGGCAGACCCAAUGGCGAGGUGAAAAAUGAACUCUGUGAGAGUCUUGAAACCAACACUUCCUCUACCAAGACAACAUAUAUCAGCUACAGCGAUCAUUCGAUCUGAAACAGGGAAAUGACACAAUAUGAAGAAAUCUGGUAUGUGAUCUCAAACAACGAACAUGACACCACCAAGACUCACUCCUGGAGAUCUCUUUGGACUACAGUCAAUCAAAUCAAUAGUCCAUCUUGUGAGGAACAAAAAGUAGCCAUGAGCCCAAAACAUCAACAACAGAGAGUGAAGAAACCCAUUUUAGACAAUCCAACCAAUGAAGUCUCAAGCUAAAGUAUUGCUUACUCAUGAGCAGUUCAAAAUAAAUCACAAACGGAAAACUAAUGUUAGCUUGUGAAAAAAAAAAUGCUGUUGAAAAUAAACCAUGUCUGAUGUUACUCUGUAAGUAUUUUUCUGUGAUUGUGAGAACUCCUGUUCCUGUGCCACAUUGUUCACUUGUAUAAGACAAUGAAUCUGUUUCUUGUAAUGGCUGAUGGAUUGAAGCCCUGGGCUGUGCUAAAAAUAAAUGCAAUGGUUGACGCAUGCAAUUUUUUAUACAAAUAAUUUAUUUCUAAUAAUAAAGGAAUGUUUUGCAAAUGUU